AUGGCGGCUCAGAAAGUUGCAGUUGUAGGCGGCUCUGGAAACCUCGGCCGCGAAGUCAUUGAUAGGAUCCUUGCCAGAGGCUCCUACGAGGUGGUCAUAUUGAGUCGCGGGGCCGAGGUUGCAGACUUGCCUAAAGGCGUUGCCUGGAGGCAAGUAGACUACGAUGAUAAACCCGCACUUGUUAAUGCAAUGAAGGGCAUUGACACGGUGCUCUCCUUUUUGGCAAUCUUCGAUACGAAUGUAGCCUUUGAACUGCACAAGAAGCUCAUCAACGCAGCCAUUGAGGCUGGCGUUAGAAGAUUUGCCCCCUCGGAGUGGGCUACUGCGAGCAAUAGUGGGGUCGCUCAUUAUAAGUACAAGGACGAGGUCCGGAAAUAUUUGGAAGAAGUCAACUCGAACCAGCAGAAGAUCGAGUAUUGCCUGUUCCAGCCAGGCUUCUUCACAGAUUACUUCGGACACCCCCACGCAACAACGAAGCAUUUCGGUACCUUCUAUAUGUUUGCAGACUUCCAGAAUCGCAGGGCCAUCAUCUCCGAGGACAGCGAUGCUCCAAUUACCUUGACUACUGUUGGGGACAUGUCCCGACUUGUAGCACAGGCCUUGGAAUAUAACGGGGUAUGGCCUACUGUUGGUGGCAUGCAAGGGACAGUAACCACUGUUUCCGGGCUUAUUGCAUUGGGCGAGAAGCUCCGAGGCCCGUUUAAAAUUGAAAAGAUCUCUAACGAGGCUCUGGAGACUCGGAACGUUACGACUUCCUGGUAUCCCGUGGUAGAACACCAUGGAGUUCCGGAGGAGAUAAGGGAGCAAGUUUCUAAAGGUGUUCUUGUGGAAUACGUUGCCGGCCUUAAGAGAGGCGUGUGGACUGUAUCGGAUGAGUGGAACAAGCUCCUCCCCGACUUUGAGUUUACCUCUGCAGAAAGCUACCUAAAGGGCAUUUGGUUAUAA